AUGAGGUUCUCUCAAAGUACGGCCGUGGCUGCCGCCGCUCUCUACGCCGGUGUUGCUUCGGCGGCCACUGCCUCCUUCUGUCCCAACGACGGCGUGUGCUUCGAAUGGGGAGUCCCUGAGGCCUCGGCUAAGGCGGGCUCCGGCGAUAUCUUCUUCCAGCUCAAGGCUCCCACAUCAUGGCAAUGGAUCGGUCUCGGCAUCGGCACUCAGAUGGUUGGCUCGCAAAUGUUCAUCAUGUACCAGGACGGCAAGGGGAACGUGACGCUCAGCACAAGGCCGGGCGCCAACCAUGUCAUGCCGACUUACAAGGCGAGAAACGAUGUCGAGCUGCUGGCCGGCUCCGGUGUGGUUGACGGCAACAUGGUUGCCAAUGUCAGAUGCGGCAACUGCACCAACCUCGAUCUCUCGGGCAAGUCGAACUGGAUCUCUGCUUGGAAGUCGGGAGAUGCCCUGGACUCGACGAACCCUGCGGCGGUUAUCACGCAGCACGACAGCAUGACGCAGUUCCAGGUCAACUUGGCCCAGGCCAGCAUCAGCUCCGACGCGAACCCCUUUGACGGAUCCAGCAGCGACAGCAGUAGCAGCUCUGGCGAUGACGGCGGCAACAACUCCAGCAGCUCUGGCGAUGGUGAUGGCGAUGGUGAUAGUGCUGUUUCCGGUGUCAGCGAUGGCUCAUCGAACCAAACCCUGGUCAACGCCCAUGGCAUCCUCAUGUCGGUCAUCUUCGUCAUCAUGUAUCCGCUUGGCUCGAGCUUGAUGCCGCUGAUCGGAAAGUGGUAUAUCCACGCAUCGUGGCAGACGAUUGCUUUCCUGGGCAUGUGGGCUGGACUUGGACUUGGUGUCACUAUUGCCAAACGCGAGAAUGAAUUCUUUGACCAGCCUCACUCUCGACUCGGCGUCAUCCUCGUCGCUCUCAUCAGCCUUCAGCCCGUCUUUGGCUUGAUCCACCACAUCAACUAUCUCAAGACGCAACGCCGCGGAAUCUUUGGCCACUUGCACUGCUGGUAUGGGCGUGCCCUCAUGAUCAUCGGUAUUGUCAACGGCGGUCUCGGCCUGCAGCUCGGCAACGUCGCGACACGCUACAUCAUUGCUUACUCUGUCGUUGCCGGAGUCACCACGCUGUUCUACUUGGCCUCCAUUGCUUUUGGCUGGACCCGAACGAGGAGGAACCAGAACCAGUCGAAACAGGUCGAGCAAUCCUCGUAA